AUGUCGCAUGCAUUUCAAAAUGCUGACUCCGUUAAACAGGCGCUAUUCGAGGAGCUGCAAAAUUUGCUCAGCUCGGAAACGAAUGUAUUGCAAUCGGCUGAACAAAGAAUUAAGCACCUAGAGUACACCGAGGGUUAUGGCGUAUACUUAUCCGAGUUAAUUAUGAAUCAGUCUUUUGAAUUGCCUUUGCGUCAGAUUGCUUGUAUUAUGCUUACCCGCUAUGUGGAGAAUCACUGGAGUGAGGAAGAUGACGUUGCUACAGAGCAGGCAAAGCGUACAAUACGAAACAUCUUACCAAAUGGAUUAUACGAUCCAAACUCAAAGAUUCGCUCGUCGGUAGCACAUACUAUUUCGACAAUUGCUAUGACCGAUUGGCCUACUGUGUGGACAGAGUUAUUUGAUAUUAUAAUCAAGUGUUUGGGUGGUAAUGAAGACUCUAUACAUGGCGCUAUGCAGAUACUUCAAGAUUUUUCGUAUGACGAGAAGCAAGUUAAGGAACUGGGACCCGUUGUUAUAUCGGAAGUCUACCGCAUAUUUGAAUCAGAACAGAACUAUAGCAUUAAAACGCGUACUUCAGCUAUACGCAUAUUAAAGUCACUUUUCCUGUCCAUUAGUAUAAAUAUUGCUGAUAAACACGAACAGGCAACUAUGAUGAACUCGAUCCUAAACAAUUUUAUGGAAAAGUUGAUGCACUAUUUAUCAAUGAACAGUGGCAAUACCUCAAACUUCAUGCUCAGGACGGAAAUAGUGAAACUAUUGACGUUCCUCGUGACUGAGAUGCCAAAAUAUAUCCAACCUUACAUGGAACGUGUACUACCAAUCAUAUGGCAGCUGCUAACACAAAUUGCAGAUGUUUACGUUAAAGUUACUGUUAACCAAAUCGAGCCAAAUCCUUUUCCUAUAUCGGAAUCUGUCGAGGAUGACGAACUCACUAAUUUCUCAACAAUGAUUAUCCAGAUUUUUGAAUUUAUUCAAUGUAUAAUUUGCACUGGGAAAUUUCGUUCUGUUAUCAAAAAUGUACUAACCGAUUUGAUAUAUAUUGUAAUUGUGUAUAUACAAGUGCCUGAAGAACAAAUUGAGGACUGGAACGAAGAUCCUGAAAAAUUUGUUGAUGAUGAGGAAGAAGGGGGCGUGGAAUUGACAAUCAGAUUGUGUGGACAAGAUGUCUUAAGUGCUCUAUGUGAUGAACUUGGUACCAAAGUAUUACCGGCUUUACAAGAAGCUCUGGGUCGUCAUAUGAAUGUAGCGGAGGCUGAGAAGAGUGCACGCAACCCAAACUGGUGGAAGAUACAGGAAGCCUGUAUGGUAGCAGUACACUCAUACCGAGAACUUAUUCUUGAGACUGAGGACCAAUUCGAUUUAUUGAACUACCUUACACUAGUUCGGAAUUUGUUGAAUUAUCAAGACUCGGCUCAUUUGGUCGGACGUGCCUUGUGGACACUAAGCACUUAUUCCAAAUCAAAACUUUACAAUCCGCAGAUGUUGGAGGAAAUCUUGGUCGCAACUAUGCAAAGUCUGUCUUCGGAAAAAUCAAUAGUAUUGAAGAUUAGUGCUGUGAGGGCUAUCCAUGGAUUUGUACAAGCGCACGAAAAAUCGGAAGGAGAUAAACGGACGUUAAUUCAGGCCAAAUUGCCCGGUUUUGUUGAUGGAAUUCUAGAAAUUGUACCCGGCUGUAAAUCAUCAGUACUAACUCUAAUUUUGGAAUGUUUAACUACAAUCAUAACGUUUGAUCCUUCGUUUGCAGCCCAGGCGCAAUCCAAAUUAAUUCCCUUAACAAUAGCCGUGUUCUUAAAAUACCCAGAAGAUCCUUACAUUUUAGAAAUCGUUCAGGAUCUUAUAAAAGCACUCUUACAAAACCCCAUGUGCUUGCAACCACUACAGGAAAAGUUUAUCCCGACAAUUGUUAGCAUACUUUCUUUGCAAGGUGAGCAAGCAAAUUCGGCAAAACAAGAUAUUGCAUUGGACGUAUUGACCACCAUUGUGCGAUAUUCAAAAGCUCCACUGUCAGCGGCACUUGUAGAGAGCGCUUUCCCUGCCAUGGUUCACUGCGUUCUACGUUCUGACGACAAUGCCGUAAUGGUAUCUGGUGGAGAAUGCCUGCGUACAUUUAUAUUUGUGUCACCUGAACAAAUUUGUGCAUACAAAAAUGGGGAAGGUCUAAACUAUAUAAUGCAACUGACUACAAUGUUGCUAAACCCGAUGAAUAACGAAAUGACGGCUGGCCAAGUCGAUCGUUUAGUUAUAACAAUCAUUACUAAAAUGGGUAAUAUGUUGGGAGAAAAUGUAGAUCUGCUUUUAAAGGCGGUAAUCAGCAAAAUGCAACUUGCGGAGUGCCUUAAGGUGAUAAUGAGUUUGGUGGUGAUAUUCGCCCAUCUCUUCCUCACUCAAAUGGAUGCUGUACUGAAUUUUUUAUCAACCGUACCCGGUCCUACCGGCGAACCUGCUAUGCAAUUUGUAUUUAGUAACUGGUUAGCAAAGCAAACUUCUUUCUUUGGAACCUUUGAACGAAAGGUGACAACGAUGGCACUUUGCAAACUUUUUGAAUACGGCGUCACCACGCAAGAUAAUCGGCUCACAACCAUAACAGUUAAAGAACAAGUCAUAUCUGAUACUAGCAGCACACGUGUGAAAACGAGAUCGCAAGCGGCAGCUGCCCAACAAUGGGUUUCUAUUCCUGCACUGGUAAAAAUGUUUAAGCUUCUUGUUAACGAGCUGGCUCAUUUAAAAGAAGCACAUCUCGCGGACUAUGAAGAAGAUUCUGAUGAAGAAGAUGAUCUCUCUAGUGGCGCGGUCGGUGACAAAUCUUCUGGAAAUUCGCCACCGAAGCCUCGCUUCAUAUCCGACUUGUAUUUCAAUGAGGAUGAUGAAGAGAACACCGACGACGAUCAACUCACUCAAGAGCUAAUGAAAAAUCCGCUAUUCCAAACAAAUAUGGAAGAAAACCUUACGAAAUUCUUACAGAACUUUUCGAGCAAUGAACAUUUCAGUAUGUUCGUAAGCCAUUUAAAUGAGGCUGAGAAACAAGUGCUGAAGUCCAUACAAGUCGAUGUAGCCUAAAUGAAAAAAAACGACGCAUUCAUCACUAACUGAAAUAAUAUAAGCAUUCUCAUAUUUUUAUACUAUCGAUAAAUACGAAAAAGUACUAAAUCUUUGUAUCGAUUUCUGUUAAAACCGAUGAUAAAUAA